AUGGAUCACUCAAUGCGCACCAUCGGAAAGGGAGAGGCCCUUCGAAUCGAUUCGUCGCUCCGAGGUCACAAAAAUCGUUUGUUGCCGUCGAAUAUUGAAAUUUUCAGGCGAAACGUUGUUCUCCGCAUAUCGCAGCCAUUCAAGUGAACACGAACCGUGUGCUCCGACGUAAACUCGCAUCGAUUUCAGAGAAAAUGUUUUUCGACUCAUCGAUCGGCGCCAGAGUCUCGAUAUUCUCGUCGCGAAACUCAGAGACCUCCCCACAAUGUGAAUGUCUAACGGGUCCAUGA